GCCUCCGACCGCCGCCAGAGCUGCGGGUGGCCGCGGCCCGGCGCCUACCUAGACAUGAAAAUCCAUCUAGAGAAAAACUUAGAAGAAGAGCGGCAAAUAUUACUGCAGCAACAAAAAAUAUGUCGAAAUCGAGCUCGUAAAUAUUUUAUGGAGUCCAACCGGAGAAGAAAAGCUUUUGAAGAUAAACGAAAAGAACAAGAAGAAAAAGAAUACCAAAUUAGAGAACAUAUACUUCAACAACGAAAACAGAAGUUUGAAGAAGUUACUGAAAAAUUCCAGCGUGCUCAUGUUCCCCUCUCACAGAGGAGGAGAGCAGUUUUUAAAAAGCCAGUUCCUCCAUUAGAAGAGGCCCUCAAACAAAUUCAAGAAUCCAACUUAAAUCCAGAAGUAAAUGUUCCCUUUUCUCACAGACCAACAAUAAACUGGAGAGCUCUAGAUUCUGCCUUGUCUUCAGCCUUGUCAAAUGACAAGCCUAGGAAACAUCUCAUUUCCAGAACCAAUUGUGAUAAAGAAAUAAAGGAAAACAGCACAACAAACAUGGCUGCUAACAAAAACAAGUUUCAGGUUCAAUUGGAGGAAACUCAGAAACGCCUAGAAGAGCAGCACUUGAGUAGCUUGCAAAAAUUCUAUGAUGAAGUUAAUCACAUCACCAACUCUGAGACCCUCUCAAGUAUAGACAGUCUCGAGGCUGGUGAACGAGAAGAGGUGUACCUACCCCUACCUAAAGACCCAUCCGCACAAGGGGACUCUGCUCCCCUCAUCUCAGCAAACCUGCAGUCAACUAAUCUAAACUGCUUCAAUGAUGAUAAGCUGUUUUUCUCGAAAGUUCAACAUAUAAAUAAUUGGCUGACAAAUUUAGAUGCUCAUCAGACUGUCACGCCUCCCUCAGAUAUUUUCAGUAAGCCUGCUGUUAGACCUUCCCAGGAGCAUUCUAGUACUAAGGAGCAGAGUCCCUGUGCUGCCAGUGGCACUGUGGCCGGAGCCGCGAGUGCGGCCAGGAGGCCCGUUGUCUUUGUGUACAGCCCUCCCGUAGCAGCACUGCGUAAGAAGGAGGACAAGGCCUCUGGAAUGGCCGCGUGGCAGAGCGUGGCCAACUCGGGGGCUGGAGACAGGGAGAGGGGCUCCGGCAUGGAGAGCCCUGCGUUGCCCUUGAGCAGAACCUGGGCCACCCCACAUUCUGUAGCUCAGAGAGCAGCCGCGCCCUCAGACCAAAGGAAAUUAGCUGAAUUCACUCAAGGAAAUGGAACAGCUUCAGCUCCUACAUCAUUUGUACCAAGAGCGACAGCCGUAUUUCCGCCAUCUAAUCGACAGUGCGCGAGGACUGUAGCGAUGAGCAAUAUGCACAUAAAAGAAAUCGACCCAGUGCAGUGUUCAGAUAAGCUAGAUGAACUGGAAAGCAAGCAAGAAGAAAAGGUGAAAGAUUUCAGUUGUAACAAAGAAGAGUUGCCUUUUUUUUCAGACAGUUUUCAGGCCACCUCUGUACCUCAGAAUCCUGAUUCAAAAGACAAACAACAGAGGGUAUCAUUGUCUAACAUGAUUGUUAAUUAUGACUUACUUGACCAGCACAAGAAAAUGAAGUAUGAUAGCCAGGAGCAAGGUAUAAGGUUUCUUAAAAGUAUUUUAAAGAAAGAUUCUAAAUGCAAGCAUGACUAUCUGCAGACACUGAUUACCAAUCAAGGCUUUAAGUUUAGAAAUGAAAAGGCAGCCGUUAUCAGGGAUAGUAUUGAAUUAACAAAGGAAAGAGAAAAAGGUGCAGAAAUUCCAAAGAUGAGUAAAAAACUACGGUGGUUUGAUGAGACCGGGGAUGCCGCAAAGAAGGCCGAGGACAGCGGCUCGCUGCCCGCCAGGGCGGGCGCCCCGCCGCAGGCUCCAGCUCCCAGUGACGCCGGCAGCCACGCCGGCAGCGGGCCUGCCCAGCCUGGACGCCCCGAGGACAGGAAGAAUCCCCAGGUUGAUUCUGUGUCUGAAGACGUUGCUCAUUUCGGAGCAUCUGGAGCAGACCACGUGCCUUUGAACUGCUGUACACCUGCAGGUUAUAACUUCAUUAAACAAGCCUGGGCAGCCUCUAAGAAAGAGGAACGCAGAGCCCCUGCACAGAACGGGGGUGCCAAAGCUCAGACAGGCAGUCCCGCCCGGGGCCCAGCAGAGGCCACGACGAGAGGCGGGGCUGCAAAAGCCGGGUCGACCUUUGUGUAUGUAAACAGGAAAGGCACCGUCAUCCAGACGCAGUGUGUAAGCAAGGCCAACGCGUUUGCACAAACUCGGGGUAGGCUGCUUAUACCUCACCCUCCUCCCAAACCAACGUCAGCGCUCCAGAGUGGUGAAAACAUACACGUGUGUCAGCAUCCAUGCGAAGUGCCUGGGGCCUCCCAAAGCACCGUUACCCAGAGCUGCUGUCAUUCAAAAUCCGCGCUUCCAGCGGAGCCCCACCCGAGCCCGCGGAGCCGGGAGAGCGGGGCCUCCCAGCCCAACGCUCACUCAGACCUGGCCACCGUGAUGCCCUCCCCGCCCUCCUACCAUUCCGCCCAGUGCCACACCUGCACAAGAGCCAGCCCUCAGGGGGGCGCUCACCACCCCCCAGCAAGCCCUGGAUGUGAGGGACGCUAUCCACCCGUGACUCUGAGACAUACUAAAGAACACCCGGUUCCCUCAUGGAAAAAAGAGAACGCCAUACUGUGCCAAAGCCAGAGAGCCGCCGGUGGUUCUGUUACAAGAAGAAAACGAAUUGUUGACAAUAAACGGAGAAAUCUUUUAGAGCAGAAAAGAAAAAUCCGUGGACAUAUAGGACAGAAGUACAAUGAGCAAAUGAUUAAUUUUGGACAAAAUUUCCAACUAACUUCCAGUGAGCCACAACGUACUAAAAAUGUUUCUCCCAACUUGGAAGAAGUUUCAGAUAGUACCUUCGAGUUUUUGAUGGCUGAGAAUCUAGUGAAAGCUUCAUUGCCUGAGGAUGAAAUUCUUACUGUCUUGAAUAGCAAGCAGCCACAGACACCGAGCCUGGCUUUAAGUAAAACCCAGCAAUGCAAGCUGUCGGCCCUGUCAGCUGAAGAGCAGAAGAUCCUGCACUCGCUUGAGCAUCUCGAUGAAAGGCUGCACUAUGUACAAGAAAUCAUUUGCAGAAAUCCAUCUAUCAGAAAUACUUUACAAUUAAUACCAGUUCUGAACAGCCAGCCGAGGGCCAGUCCACCUUCUGAUGUUGGAUCCAGGUUACAAAGAAAAUACUGAUGAAGUAUGAAAUAACUAUAUUUAAUUGAAUCAUUAUUUUUGAGAAUUCCCUGUGUAUAUAUUUCUGCAUUUGUUAAUGAUUUAAAACACUGUACCUAUAAAAUAAGACAAAAUAUAGGUAAUAGAGAUAUACUGGCUAGUUUACAUUUAUGCCACAAAUUAUACUUUAUUAUGUAUUUUAUUGAUACAUUUUUAAAUGAAUGGAAAUAUGUUUUCAGCAAGCAUGUUGCUAUAUACAUUAUAUUUAAAAAUAAGAGGCUAUUUUGUUAUUCAAAUUAUGUAGCAGUUGUGAAGCUUUGUUUUCUGAAAUUACUAAUAAAUUCUAUUAAAUUUUUGUGCAGUGGUAUAUGAUUAAUAAUAUCCCACAAAAAGAAGAACUGUUCAAGGCUUUGUUGUAGCAUGGUCAUACUUCAGGAAUGUUACAAAGUAGCCUUUGUUAUCAACUCUGCAUGUUGGAAAGUUAAUAUUACUUUAUCCAGGAGUAACUAAUCUUUACAAAGCUGAUCACACUUUAAAAACUCAA